AUGGGCUCUUUAUCACCAAAAAAUAUCUCCAUGGCUGCAUUGCCAACACAACCUUCAGCUUCUUUAAUUCAGCCUGCUGUGCUGCCAUCUGUUCCAAUACUUGCUUUGCCAGCAGCUCCAGACCCCAAACCUCCGGACUACAGUUCCUCACCUGAGGACCCAAUCCUGCAAAAAUACCGUGGUCUGGCUGGCAAUGAUCCUGCUCUUUCAGCGGCAGAACCAGAACCAGAACCUUUUCAACGUGCAGUCCUUGCCUGUUCCUUAAUUCAGGAUACUAUGGCAUUCCCUGUUAUUGUGCCCCCUGCUGGUGCCCCAGCAGGCACCCAAGCCCAACACCAACCUUUUGACUUUAAGAUCUUGAGAGAGCUGCAACAGUCAGUAAAGGCCAAUGGACUCCAAGCCCCAUAUACGCAGGCGCUUUUAGAAGCCACAUUAGCCCAGCUCUUGGUUCCAGAGGACAUCAAGCUUUUGGCCCAUACAGUGUUACCCCCAUCAGCUGGUGUUUUGUUUGCCCACGAAUGGGAAACUGCCUGCCGUGCUUAUGCUCCAGCCUUGUUACAACAAGUCAGAGGAAAUAAUCCAAAUGUUACCCUCGCAGACGUCACAGAUGCCAUGUUGGGGCGUGGUCCCUUCGCUCAAGCUUCAGUGCAAGCCACACUGCUGCAAAUCUUAUUGAGGGACACUGCUCUUGCUGCUAAACAAGCAAUGAGAAAAAUCCCAGAACCCACCAGUAUUCAAUCAAGGUGGGGUUCAAUCAGGCAAGAGGCAAGAGAAUCAUAUUCUUCCUUUAUGGAUAGGCUGCUUACAGCAGUGAGUCGCCAAAUUGAAAAUCCUGAAGCCAAACAAAUAAUUAUCAAACAAUUGGCCUUUGAAAAUGCCAAUGAGGAUUGUAAGGUUGCAUUACGACCGAUAAUACACAAUCCUGCCACAGACACAGCAGCCAUGCUUCGCAUUUGUCAGUCUGUAGCUACAGCCACCCACAAGGCUCAUCUGCUGGCAGCAGCGCUAAAUGAAAACCAGCCUGUAGCCACCGAUACAACUUGUUUCCAGUGUGGCAAACCAGGAUCACCGAUACCCCAGUGGGGGUAG